CUUGAAUUAAACCUUAGCUCGCUCUGUGACUGGAGCUGCAUGACAGGGUGACAAAACAAAUAAACAAGCCUUUUCCAUCUCCAGUGGGGAAAAUGAAGGACUCCAAGUCUCCUGCUCAUGCGUGAAUGAAAGCUAAUGAGGAAAAAUGGCCUCUCACAGCUCCAAGAGUGGGAUGAACGUACAUGUUGCGAAGGUGGUGGAGACAUCUGCUCCAAAUGAGGACUACGUCACACCUGGAGGCUACGAGCUGGAGAAGAUCCUCAACCGUGGGAGUGUGGCAUACACUCACGUCAACGAGGUUUGGCCUAACGUCUACAUCGGAGAUGAGGAGACCGCAAAAGACAAAUACAACCUGAAGAAGUUGGGCAUAACUCACAUCUUGAAUGCGGCGGAGGGGACGUGGAACAGCGUGGACACGGGGGCGGGCUAUUACAGUGACAUGGACAUCGUCUACUAUGGCGUGGUAGCAGCGGAUGUCCCUACAUUCAAUCUCAGCCAGUACUUUUCCUCAGCUGCCCAAUUCAUCGAUGAAACCCUGAGCAACCCUCAGAAUAGACUGUUGGUGCACUGCGUCAUGGGAAGGAGUCGAUCGGCCACCCUGUUCCUGUCCUACCUAAUGAUCUGCCGCGACAUGACUGUGGUGGAUGCCAUCGACCAUGUGAAGAGGCGCAGACGCAUCAUUCCCAACUGGGGCUUCUUGAAACAGCUGAGGCAGCUAGACACUCAUCUCCUGGAAAAAAGGAGAGGUUCGACAGGCGGACAGGAGCACGAUGAGCGGAAAGAUGACGGCGGCAGGAGUAAAACAUAAUGCACCCCACGGGAAGCAUUUCACGUGGGAUGCAAAA